GAGAUUCGAGAGCCUCUGGAGAGGGGCAAAGAAGGAAAAAAAAAACAUUUCUCAAGGUGGUUUGUUUGAAUUAUUGCAUUAUGUUGAACGGUAGCCAUAGAUGUUAAUCUACCUCAUUUCAUAGGAAGAUUAUUUUCUGCAUGAGAAAGGUUAAGAAAGAGCCAAAAAUUCAUUUUCUUGCUGUCUAAUUUUUUUCCCCUAAGUUUUGCCUCUUUGUUGACUGGAACCAGCUGGUGGGGUGAAAGUAGAAAAUACUGUGCAUGGUGCCUGUUACUGAAAACAAAGGCUAGGAGAAGUGUAGAACAGAGCUGAAAGGAAAUAUUUCCCCAUCUGCUUUGACAAUCAGGACUUCAGCUGGUGUAUAAAUUAUUCUAGAUUAAUCCAUGAUGUUUGCAUCUGCACAGCUGUUUAAUGCUGGAAGUUGCAGGAGCUCCACAUGGAUGACUCCUAUCUGCAUCCCAGAGAGUUUUGUCUCUUUUUCCAAAACAUGCCUUUCUUUUGUCUUUAUCUUGCAAGCGGGAGGGAGGAAAGGAAAUGGACGAAAAGUGGCCUCUCAUUUUGAGAUAACCAACGAUUCCUUCCAAAAAGUGGGGAAUGAGGGAGUCAUUAAAGGAUGGACUGAGGAGCAGCUGAAUAUGAGCAGGGCAGUGCAUUAUAAUUCAGAGACUGGCACCUUCAAAGUGGAGCGCAGCGGUGUCUACUUCCUGUACUGUCAAGUACACUUCAACGAGAACCAGAGUCAGUACGUGAAGCUCGAGGUGUCCGUUCCUAAGGGCCCUUUGCUCCAGUGCAUCGAGGGGUACGGAACCACACCAGCGUCUGGCACGCACAGGUUUCACUUCCUAAAGCCUUGCCAGGUCUCCGGCCUCCUACGCCUUAACAAGGGCGCCGAGCUGAAGGCCGUCACCGGAGGUUUCUUCAGUCUGCAGAUGUCGGGCAAACACUACUUUGGCCUCUUCAAAGUCAACUAGAGGCACAGACGGUUUUCCAGACACCUCAGCUGUAUGGACAAAAUAGUUUUAUAGUUUUCCACAGAUCACUGGCCUAAAAGUACCUAACCUAAACCUGUCUCUUUGAACUUGGCGUUGCCUUUAAAGAGGAAAUUUUGACUACGCGAGGAACGUUUCUAUAACCAGCUGACUGUGGUCACAGAUGACCCCUUUAUGAACGCAAGUGCCCUUCCAUGGAGAUGUCAUCGGGAUGUUAAUGACUGCACAUCUUGCCUUGCUGGACCAAUUUAUGGAGAAUCAUUUGGUACUCUGUCGGUUUAGCUGCAAAUGUCUUAUUAAACGCAAACCAGCACAAUUUCUACUAUAUAAAUAUAGCAUUUAAUUACAGCAUACCAGAGACAUUGCUCCAGCAGCGUGGUUGGCUUAUAUACUGGCAUAACCAGUUUGACCAAAAGGACUAUGAAUUUUCAGCAGCGUUGCAGGCCACUACAAGUAUGAGAGGUUUCACCACUGGUUACUUGGCUGGACCAAAACAGAGUGGCCCUAGUUCCUGAACUGCCUUACCACUGGAUGGGUUCAGCGCAGAAAAAUGAAAGUUUUAGUUGGUCGUUAUGAAAACUCAGAGUGACUAGAUAUGCAUCAGAUAAUACAAGAAACUUUACUUUUGUUGUUGCAUCGAUUUGAAACAACAAGCCACACGUUUCUUUCCAAAUACACUGUCACUGUGACAUAUGAAACAUAUUAAUAUUUAUCGAUGAAAAGGCCGUGACUUCAAAGCAGAUGAUGUAUCUUGUGUACUGUACUGUGUCACUGAAAGUGGAUUAUGUGUACAUAUGGCAUGAAGGUUGAUGGCAUGGGCGGCACAGACCUUUAAAAAAAAAAGUCACAGUAUGCCUUUAGUUUUUAUAUAAUGUGCAAUUUCAUGUUAUAUUUUUUAAAAAGUUCAAGUUACAGAUUUUUACACCAUCAUUAUUUCAUUUAAUCUCACUAAUUAGAAAUGUAUGAAACCACUUGUGACUCGAAUCUGUCAAUGUCUACCUGACCUACCGCUCCUGAAGCCUUUCGUAAAUCUUGUCAAUACUGUCAAUUAAAUCUGAAAUGGAAAUUACAACCAUGCACUUUGCCCCAAAUGGGUUUCCUAAUAAUGCAGCUGGCUUCCUCUUUGUAUUUCCUGAACCCUCAUGUGGACCCCUGCAAACCGUCUCAUUUCCACUUGCUUCUGGACUCUCACUUCCUGUAUCUCAAUCUGCAGCAAAUAGUUGAAAACCUUUGAGGAAAAACAUGUGCUUAUUCCCUCCUGAUCUCUAGCCCCAUUCCUUCCCCCUUGUCUACUAUUUUUUAAUUUUUUUUCAUCUGUUUGGGUUUACUCCUCACAUAAAAUGCACAUUUGGCUUGCGGCACCGUUUCUGCUUUUAAAACAUCCCAGAUAAACCUGACUGGGUCAAGAUGAAGUUUAAGGUGAUGGAGGCAGUUUCGAUUAGAAAAUAUGCACAGGUGUUUCAUUUUCAUGGGCAAAUUUUUUUUUUAAUCAUCAGAAAAAUUUAUUUUACCUGUAAAUUGGGUUGAAGAUAUGAGGUUCCUGCAUUUAUGGGUAUUGAGAAGGUAUCAAGAAAUGUAAUCUCUGUAGGUUUUCAAAGCCAAAAGACCUGUAAAACUGAUAAAGAAGUUAUACU